GGCCGGCACCUCUCGGGCUCCCGCUCCCCGCGCGCAAGAUGGCUGACCCGGCUGCGGGGCCGCCGCCGAACGAGGGCGAGGAGAGCACCGUGCGCUUCGCCCGCAAAGGCGCCCUCCGGCAAAAGAACGUGCACGAGGUGAAGAACCACAAAUUCACCGCCCGCUUCUUCAAGCAGCCCACCUUCUGCAGCCACUGCACCGACUUCAUCUGGGGCUUCGGGAAGCAGGGAUUCCAGUGUCAAGUUUGCUGCUUUGUCGUGCACAAGCGGUGUCAUGAAUUCGUCACAUUCUCCUGCCCCGGCGCGGAUAAGGGCCCAGCCUCUGAUGAUCCCCGGAGCAAGCACAAGUUUAAGAUCCACACCUACUCCAGCCCCACGUUUUGUGACCACUGUGGGUCCCUGCUGUACGGACUCAUCCACCAGGGGAUGAAAUGUGACACCUGCAUGAUGAAUGUCCACAAGCGCUGCGUCAUGAACGUCCCCAGCCUCUGUGGCACUGACCACACGGAGCGCCGUGGCCGCAUCUACAUCCAGGCCCACAUUGACAGGGAGAUCCUCAUCGUUGUCGUAAGAGAUGCUAAAAACCUUGUACCUAUGGACCCCAACGGCUUGUCAGAUCCCUACGUGAAGCUGAAACUGAUCCCUGAUCCCAAGAGCGAGAGCAAGCAGAAGACCAAGACCAUCAAGUGCUCCCUGAACCCCGAGUGGAACGAGACGUUCAGAUUUCAGCUGAAAGAGUCCGACAAAGACAGGAGGCUCUCGGUAGAGAUCUGGGAUUGGGACCUGACCAGCCGGAAUGACUUCAUGGGGUCUUUGUCCUUUGGGAUUUCUGAACUGCAGAAAGCUGGCGUCGAUGGCUGGGACAAUCAAGUCAAGUGGCAAGAGGUGAAAGAGAAGGAACGACGUCGGAUUCUCCGGGGGGUGGAAAGGGCCAAGAUUGGCCAGGGGACCAAGGCUCCCGAGGAGAAGACCACCAACACCAUCUCCAAAUUCGACAACAACGGCAACAGGGAUCGGAUGAAACUGACCGACUUCAACUUCCUGAUGGUGCUGGGGAAGGGCAGCUUUGGCAAGGUCAUGCUUUCAGAGCGGAAGGGCACGGACGAGCUGUACGCCGUGAAGAUCCUCAAGAAGGACGUGGUGAUCCAAGACGACGACGUGGAGUGCACCAUGGUGGAGAAGCGGGUGCUGGCCCUGCCCGGGAAGCCGCCCUUCCUGACCCAGCUCCACUCCUGCUUCCAGACCAUGGACCGCCUGUAUUUUGUGAUGGAGUACGUGAACGGGGGCGACCUCAUGUACCACAUCCAACAAGUGGGCCGGUUCAAGGAGCCUCAUGCUGUAUUUUACGCUGCAGAAAUCGCCAUCGGUCUGUUCUUCUUGCAGAGCAAGGGCAUCAUUUACCGGGACCUGAAGCUUGACAACGUGAUGCUGGAUUCCGAGGGCCACAUCAAGAUCGCUGACUUUGGCAUGUGUAAGGAAAACAUCUGGGACGGGGUGACCACCAAGACAUUCUGUGGGACUCCGGACUACAUUGCCCCCGAGAUAAUCGCUUACCAACCCUAUGGGAAGUCCGUGGAUUGGUGGGCCUUUGGAGUCCUGCUGUAUGAGAUGUUGGCCGGGCAGGCACCGUUCGAAGGGGAGGAUGAGGAUGAACUUUUCCAAUCCAUCAUGGAGCACAAUGUGGCCUAUCCAAAGUCUAUGUCCAAGGAAGCUGUGGCCAUCUGCAAAGGGCUGAUGACCAAACACCCAGGCAAACGUCUGGGUUGUGGCCCUGAAGGGGAACGUGACAUCAAAGAGCAUGCAUUUUUCCGGUAUAUUGAUUGGGAGAAACUUGAACGCAAGGAGAUUCAGCCUCCGUAUAAACCCAAAGCUAGAGACAAGCGAGAUACCUCCAACUUCGACAAAGAGUUCACCAGGCAGCCUGUGGAACUGACUCCCACUGAUAAACUCUUCAUCAUGAACUUGGACCAAAAUGAAUUUGCUGGCUUCUCUUACACUAACCCCGAGUUUGUCAUUAACGUGUAGGUGAAUGCACACUCCACUGCUCAGCCUGGGGUGCCGGACUUCAGGCCGCUGUGUAUGUACCACUUCUAGUCUUCCAGGAUUCAUGGUGCCCUGUGCUGGCGUCCAGCAUGAGGAGAGCUUGUCUAGAGGGCUUUUCUUUGUAUGUGUAGCUUGCUAGUUUGUUUUCUACCAUUUGAAAAUGUUUAGUUUAGGAAUAAGCGCAUUAUCCAGUGAUAGAGGUACAAUUUUCCAAACUUCCAGAAACUUCAUCGAAUCAACAAGACGAUGUCAAAACUACUGUGUCUGACACCAAAAUGCUUCCGUAUUUGUAAUUUUUAAAGUCAGAAGCUGAUGUUCCUGGUUAAAAAAAAAAAAAGUUUUUACAGUUAUUCUCUAAUAUCUUCUUUGAAUGCUCAGCAUGACCGGUAUUUUUAAAAGUUGUAAGCUUUGCAGUUACUGUGAACUAUUGUCUCUUGGAGGAAAACAUUUUUUUUUGUUUUGUUUUGUUUAAGAAUUGAUAUGAUUAAACUGAAUUAAUAUAUGCACA